AUGCUGGAAGAGGAUCGCAUGCGCAUCGAGCAACUGACAGUUGGUUGGGAUGAUCCGACCCAAGUGAACUGGGACGAGGGUGAACCAGCCGCCGAGACCGUUGAAGCUCCUGCAGCUCCUUUGUACAAAUGCACUGCUUUGUACUCAUAUACGGCUCAAAACCCUGAUGAGCUGUCGAUCAUUGAGAGCGAGCAAUUGGAAGUCGUUGGCGAAGGAGACGGCGAUGGAUGGCUUCGUGCCAGGAACUACCGCGGCGAGGAAGGCUAUGUGCCCCACAACUAUCUGGAUGUCGACCGCGAACAGCCAUGCACCAGCUCGGGCACCGGGUCUGAUCUCAGUGAUUCGGCCCCCGGCCAAAGCUGAAGAGCCUAAAGCCGAGGAACAACCUCAACAAGAGUCCUUCGUGGCUGAGUGGCCGACUGCCGAGACCUCUAAGGCAUCUGCUCCUGCGUCAGCCGCUCCGAAGCCUGAUCAGCCAACUCUUGGCUAUUGCUUCGCCAUGUACGACUACGACGCUGAAUGUCCCGAAGAGUUGAACCUGGAAGAAGGACAGAUUAUCCGCAUCCUGUCCCGCGAAGCUCACGGCGUCGACGACGGCUGGUGGCGCGGAGAAGCCAACGGAGUGGUUGGCAACUUCCCAUCUCUGAUUGUGGAGGAAUGUGAUGAGAACGGCGAGCCUCUGAGUGGUGGCGAAGAGUGGCCACCGCUGACCACUGCUCCACCGGUGUUUGCUUCACCGCCGCACACACCACCCGAAGCUGCCGGCGCCCAGGACCUCGACGAAGUGGUCGGUGAAUGCUGGGAAGAGAACAUCCCGGAGCCGGUGCAGGCGGUGCAGACUGAGCAGACCGCGGAGGACUGUGGGCUGGGUGUGGCGCAGAUCGUCAUCACCGCGGCCACGCCCAUGGUGGAGGAGCCCGACCAACCAUUCCCUCCACCAGAACCAGAAGCCGAAACUGAAGCUGAAGCCAACGGUGAAGCCGAAAUCAACUCGGAGACGCUGCCCGAACCUGAGCGCGAGGAGAACGAUGACGAUGAGUCAUCUCUAUCAGAGCAGACAGCGGUCUGCUUGCGGGACUCGGACGACGGGCCGGCUGACUCAGCCCCGCACCCGCACUCCAGCUCGACGGCCUCCGAGGGCGAGUCCGGCGGCGCGUCCGUGGCGUCAGGUCCGCCCACCGCGCCGCAGUCGCCGCCCGCGGCUCCGCGCGGUGGCCGCGCCAGCAUCCCCGACGAGCUCGAGCCCGCGCAGCUGGCACGGCUCACCGACCUCAAGGAAUCCAACGCUUAA